AUGCCAUCCAGAAAGGUCGUGAGUUUCGACCUCACUGGUGCAGGGUUUGCUAAGAGCCUAACCCCCCCGCCUCGAGGUCCUGAGAGUAGGUCAGACAAGUAUAGCUUCUUCAAGGAAAUUUCCCAGGAACAGUUGAGUUCGUACACGCCCAGUCAGGUCUGCACAAUCUUAGCACAGAGAGAGGAAGUCCUUCGUGAGUCCCAGGAGGCAUCAUCUUCGACCGAUCCUCCGCCGGGGUUUGACCAUCUUAGGAGGACCAAACCCUGGGUUCCUAGCGAAGCGGAUGAAUGCAAGUACAAAUGCUGCCAGAGAUGUCGUCCAUCAGCGGAAUGGAGAUCCUACCUAAGUCUAGACGGCAUCGUAAAUGGCGAUGUCCCGCCCACUGCAGCUACAGGUUUCAGUUUCUAUCGUACCGGAAGACCCGUUAUCCAUCCCGAUAGACUGAAGAAUAUUGGCCUGAGAGCCGUGCCCUGGCCGAGAGCUCGUAAAAAUAGCCACGUAUCGUCUCUAUCUUCUCUAACGUCCCUGAACUGCUCAUCAAUCAGCGACGAGCGCGAAACCGGCGCGGAACAUAUCGAAUUCUCCGACCGUCAAUCUCUAGAGGGCAGCUCGACUACGGAAUCACUAGUCCUGGGGCAUCACCCGUCGAACGACAACAAUGCUGUAUUGCCGCCCUGGCCCCGGAGCUCGGAUCCGUCCAAAGAAAAUACCAAACCUACACUAUUUGCGGCCUACUUGACUCCUCUUCCUCUACCAACACCUGGCGAAGAGGAACACCUUGAUGGAUACGAGACACAAAUGAUGAAGGAUGAAAAGGAGAAAGGGGAAUUCUUCAAGGAGCCUCUAGAAGUCGAUCAUGGCGUGGCGCUCUCGGAAGAGGGUGUUGGAUUGGGGUUACCCGAUAUUGUUGUCACACAGGUAUGA